GACUUUUUCAGCAAUGCCACUCUUGUGGAUUCUCCUGAUGAAAAAUCUGAGAAAUUGACUAACAGAGAAGACUGUCGAAGGUAUAAGAAAACUCUUAAAAAUAUCAGUUCCAAAUCAGACCAAAUUGUGGAAAGAAAAGAAUCAGAUGAAAGGAAUGUGGAAAAUUUCAACUCUGCAACUCAAGUGGAUAAAGAGGAAAUGAAGGCACAUCGAACAACCACAAAACUGAAAGAGUGCAGCAAAGACAGCUUUGAUGUGAGUGAAAGUAACAUUGUUGAGUUUAUGGCCUCUACUCAGGUUGAUCCAAGCACUGUCACCCCAAAAGUCAAGCGCUAUCUUUUUUUCCCAAAGAAAAAAGUUGACAAUCCGACACCUGUAGGGUUGUUUGAUAAAUUUAGUGCUGAAUUCAAAAAAGUAAAUGAGUGCAGUGCUGAAUUUAAAAAAGGAGAUGAGCACUCCUGUUCAGACAUCCCAAGGAGCAUGGGAUCCAAGACAGUGACUUCUAAAUCAAAAUCAAGGAAGGAGGAAGCCCUCUCACCAAAUAUAAAUGAGGAAGCUAAAUUAGCUAGCAUCCCAUCAGGAGAGCAUUUUGUACCAAACAUGUCCCAACAAGACAGGGAGUCACCAAACACGCCCCACCAAGGCAGGGAGUCACCAAACAUGCCCCACCAGGGCAGGGAGUCACCAAACAUGCUCCACCAGGGCAGGGAGUCACCAAACACGCCCCACCAGGGCAGGGAGUCACCAGAUAUGCCCUACCAAGACAGGGAGUCACCAGAAGAGAAACUCUCAUCAAGCUUGUCAGACAUAGAAGAUUACUUUGUGGCCACCCAGGUAGACAAACCAGACAUGGUGGGUAAACGUAGUGAGCAAAAAAUUAUAAGCAAUGACACGAAAAUAAAAACACCAAGCAUAAAGAUCCCAAGUUUUGAGUCCGUUGGUGAUAAGAAGGACAGGUCAGCAGGAGAAGAGAAAAGAAAAAAGUCAGAUGUGUCAAGCUCUAAAAGUAGUCUUACUGGCAAGACAUCAAAGUUGCUCACAGCAGUCCCAUCUAAUCAUUCCGUCAAGGAAGUUAUAGAAAAAAAUAAGGCAGAUGUCUUCCCUGGUGAUUACAGACUUAGAAAAAAUUAUAUUUCUCAUUCUUUGGAUCACAAAGAUGGAACAAAUGUAAGGCACCCUUUAAAAUAUAAUGAAACCUCUGCCAACCCAGUUUAUAAAGGCCUUUUUCGCAGUAAAAGUGCUGAUCAAGUGCCAGAAGUUCCUGAUAAGCCAUUAUCUAAGCUGACCCCCUCAAUUCCUCACACCAAAAGUAUUUCAAAUAUCGCCAGGAAAAAUGAAUUGGAAGGAAAGGAUUCUUCAACUUCUGUUGAAGCACAAAAUGAGUCGGGGGUCAAAAAUGGCUUUAAAAGAAAGAAGAGGUCUUUUUCUUCCGUGGGAGAAUAUGCCAGUUUGGGUUCAGCAGAGAAAGAUAAAAGUACAAAGAAAUCACUUAAAUCUGGUGGCAAUAUGGUUCAACCAGAAAGCCCAACAAAAACAUUAAAAGCUACCCAGUCUCUUAAAGAUAAUGUCCCAAAAAAAGCAGCAUUUACUGGUAAAUUACCCUCAUUGAAACGUUCUUUUAUUGAUAUGGAACAAAAUAAGUCACCAGUCAAAAGACAGAAAAACGUGAAGUUUUCUUGGUUAACUUCCGGCGACAGAAGAAUGAAACAAAAGGACCCAAAGAAGAAAUCCAUAGGCACUGCAGCAAGUAUUAGCCUAAAUAUUGAGGCGGCUCGUCAGCGCAUGCUUGAACGCCAGAUGAAAGUGUCCACCGCAUUACAUAAAUCAAAUGCCCACCAAUCAGAAAAAACCGUGCACCACAAUGAUGAGGAGGAUGUAGAAAUGCCAUGCACUCAAGAUAUCAUGGCCCGAGGCUUGCCCAUACUCACUGCCCGUUUACCAGUUGACAAAACCAAACUGAAUCUUGGCCUUCCCAGUCAAGGGAGAGUGGCCCCUGAGGAGAAACAAAAUAACAGCAACUUGUCUGCUUCGGAUGGACAUGGAAAAAGUGAGACUGGACGAAACGAAAAGCUUAUGAGACAACCUUCAGCUGCACUCGCCAAAAGUCCAGCCUCGUUGUUGGGUGCCGUCAAAGAAUCCUCUCCUUCUGCAACAGGAUUAUCUCAUGCAGAAUCCAGUGUCAGAACAUCCAAUGUCACAGUGCCAAACUCCUCUGAUCGGCCUGAAAGCUCAACAGUUGAAGUAAACGCUUCCAGUGCCUGUGUCUCCUCUACCCAGAACUCUUUAUCAGCCGUUCCGUCUUCAGUGUCCUGUUCUUCGUUGGCUCCCCGCCAGAAAUCUUCAGUAGGCAUGCGUGUGUCAGUAAAACCCACUGAAGAUCAGACACUGCCUCGAAGUAUUUUAAAACAACCAGACAAACUGCCUGAAAGGAAGACCGUUAAUUUCCGAGACUCACAAAACACUUUUAAGUUCAUCGAGCCUGUCAGCAGACCAUUCAGAGAAAUGCUAAAUAAUGUUCCCCAGCUGACAGAAGUUCCACAGUCAAGUCCUGAGUUCAUUACAAGUGUUCUUCUUAAAAUACUUGGUUGGAACACAAAUUGGCUUCGAGAAUAUGGUAAUUAUUAUUAACAUAAACUUUUAUGUGACUUAGCUGACAUAUCAUUGUAAUAACUCUCUAAAUUUAUUUAUUUAUUUAGGCAUUUUUAUAUAGCGCUUACCUUAAAGCUCUAAGCGCUUUACAAUUAUUAAAAACAUGUAAACUAACUACAAUAAAAAUGAGACACUAGGAUAGUAACUACUAUACUAUAGAAACAAUUAAAAUGGCUAUAAAACGAGGACACUUUGGCACGUUUUGGCCAAUAUUACAGGAUUAACCCGAGACAGAAAAUGAGGCAGGGCAAGGAGGGUGCAUCACAGGUCAUAGGCAGACCUAAACAGAUCGGUUUUAAGGGACUUUUUAAAAGUGGAUGAGGUUUCACAAUGACGGAUAUAGAAGGGGAGCUGGUUCCAGAACGUGGGCCCAUGGAAGUAGAAGGAGCGUUCACCGGUGGUCUUAGUUUUGGUUCUUGGGAUUGAGAGGGUUCUAUUGUCAAUGGAAGAGCGUAGUUGUCUUGUGGGGAUGUAAGGAAGCAACAGUUCAGAGAGAUAGACAGGAAAGUGAGGGUCAGUGAACGAGUUGAAGAUGUGGUCAUGUUUCUUUGAUUUAAAAAUGAGUCUGCAUGCUGAGUUCUGUGCCUUCUGAAGUUUGUCUAUGUGGUGUUGAGGAAUGCCUGCGAGAAGAGUGUUACAGUAGUCAAAUUUUGAAAGAAUUAGUGAAGAGACGAGAGUUUUUGUGGCAUCAAAGGAGAGGAGGUGUCUAAUGGUGCUGAUUUUUCUAAUUUCGUUAUAUGCUGAUCUACAUAUAUUCAUGACAUGUUUGUCCAUGGAGAGGGUGUCUGUAAGUGUGACUCCAAGGUUUCUGGCAGAGGAAGAGAGUGUGAUGUCAGAGUUGCCAAUAGAUAUAGAAGAAGGAGCGGAUGGAGGGAGAUGUUUGUUUUGAGAGUGGAUGAGAAGGAUUUCCGUUUUAUCACAUUACCGGUACCAGAAAUUUGAAAGACCAUGGGCAGGCUCUACAUCCCAAUAAAAUAGGGGAAAAAAAUUCAAAACAUUAUCGUUAUGAGCUAACUCAUUAGUCAAAAGAGACAAAAAUCAGCAGCAGGACGAUUAAGCAAAUUUUGAGAGCCAAAUCUCUUUUCAAGAAACUGUCAAGAUUCAUGUUUUUCGGAGUCAAAACCGAUUUGUUGCCGCUGGCUGUUUGCCGACCACUGGUUUAGAGAGUUACAGCCGUGACAUAUUCUAUCAGCAUAUGUAUAUUGAUUUACCAAAGUCUCUUCUUAGAUCCUUUUAAUUUGACAUCAUGUAUCACUAUCAAUAACUUUUAAUUGUUAAACUUACAUUUCUCUAUGUAGACUAAAGAAAAGAAAUUACUUGAAGAAUUAACUUUUAAAUACUGCCCACAGAUAAAGUCUCAAAAGGCCAAAGUAAAGCACAGCAACCACCUCCUCUGCUUGGCAUGGAUAACCACUACUCACGUCUCAGGAUGUAUUUUGAAACAUUUAAGGAGUAUUUAGCGAUCACCAGCAAUCUGCUUAUCCUUGAAACAUGGGAGUUGGUGAGCUAAUAAAUAUUUAAUUGUAGCUUUGAUUGAACUCUUGGCAAAAAUUAUGCAGCAUUAUAGAAUGUAAUUAUUAUCUGGCUAUGAAAAUUUAAAUUAGUCCUUGGUUUAGUUCUUUUUAAAUAUCCCAAGACAGAACCACUUGUUAAAUUUACCUCAAGGUAAUUGUUUCAUCAAUUCAAUCCAUUGCUUAAUUCUAAACAUCUUUUGAUUGCAAACAAGCUUUUCACUGCUGACAAUUUGCGUUUAUGAUGUUUUUCCCCAGAUUUAUCAGGACUGGAAAAAAAAGUUUGAAAAUAUCAAGAAAUCAAAGGUGGUUUUGGAUCGUCUACCAUAUUACCCUACUGGAAGAGAUGGAAAGAAAGAACAGGUUCCUUUAGUGAUUGAAGUCAUUGGCAAGUUUUUUUUAAAUUAAAUUGGGGGCACUCUCCAUGAAGAAAUGACCUAGAGAAUGAAAGGACAAUGUGAUGAAGUCACUGUGAUUUUAUUUAACUGUUUUUGUUGGGCAGUAUUAUUGGUGUCAUAAUUAUGUUGAAUGGUGGCUGUCAGGGUGCAUCCUCUGCUCUGACAUCUAAGUAAAAAAAAAAAAUCAGGGUUUUUUUCCCAUCAGGUUAAGAUAAGAUUAAGUUUCUUUACUUGAUAGAAAUAAAUGGUAAUGUGUUUUGUACAUAAUCAUUUUCAUCAUGUCAGGUACAACUGAAAGUAAAUGUUGUUAAUAAGAUUUUAAAACAGGUUAAUUAUAAUUACAACUUGAAAGACUUAGUCUGAGUUUUUUAUGUUUUAAAACUAGCAAGGUGUUAGGUGAACAAUUGUGUGAUCCAAUUCUCCAAAGGUGAAAUAAACUGUGAGACGUCUUAGACUUUUUUUUAUAUUUUCAUAACACAUACCAAAAAUUUGAUCUUCUAAUGUUGGGAUGUGACAUACUGACUGUUAUUUUUAUGUUAUGUGAGUUUGUGCAUCAAAAUCCAUUAAGACCAUUUUAAUCAUCAGAUUCUGGCUGUUUCUAGUUCUGAUUCUGUCUGUGGGUGUGCAGAUGGCUGAUGAGACUGAUAGUGGCAUGAAAUGUUCUUGUGCAGUGGGUGCAAGGGAUGGAUGAAUAUAUUUGAUCUAUUUCAUAAUAUAUUUUAAGGAACAUCUAGAGUAGUUAGGCAAUAUUUCUUAGAUGGAAUAAAUUUGUUUCUCAUGACCAGCAUCAAUUAUGUUGACAGGUGUAACAUCAAGAUGUGACAGAACAGAUCAGCUAUUCCAAGAUGAUUUUCUAAUUCUGAAAGGUUAUGGAAAACCUAAGGGCUUCGAGGCUAUAGAACCAAAUUGGAGAGAACAGUUUGCCCUCGUUCAAGGUGUCAAACCUCUAUGGGACAAAGACAUAAGAUGGCUGAAUAAAUCUUACCCCCACUUACAGAUCGGUAGGUAAUUGAGGAGUUAGACAGGUAGAUAGGGACUUAUUAAAGAAUGCAUUUUCAAAAUAGUUUUAAAUAAAAUAACAGAGCAAAUUUAGCAUUUAUUAUUUUUUUAAUUCACAGAAUCAAGUAUGAGAGAUGAUAUUUUAAUUUACCAACUGACCCUCAAGAUCAAGUAUCAAGUCAACUACUUUCCUUCAAAACCUAUGGAGAUUCAGGUAGCUAAAUCUAUACAUUUGAGACCUCCGUUUCUAGUGGGACAUUCAUAGUUAUUGUUAUGUUUCUUACUAAUUAAAAUUAUCGCAAUAAAAAUGGGACCCAACACACCCUGUCCAUUAGGUCAACAUUCUUCAAACUCUGGUCUGUAAAAAAAAAUUGGUUGAAGGGGCUAAAAUCGAUAAAUCAAGGAAUGAACCAUUGCAUAAAAGACACACCCCUUUUUUUCCUCUUUUACAUUGUUGAGGUCUUACAUUGGGUUUUAUAACAGAAACAUUACUUUUUUUUUAUAUUAAUGUAUUGAGGCUAAUUAUUUGGUUUAAUGUAAAAGAAGUAUUUAGAACAAGCCUGUGUAAAUUUUGAAAGUUAAUUAUGCACAAUGUAUAGAGAAUGAAACAGCCACUGAUAUUUUAAUAUACCGGUAUCGUUAACCCAGUCAACAUUGUACUUCCAUUUCCCAUUGCUAGCUUUAAAUUAAAAAUGCGGUGGGCUUGAUAAAGGUUAAAGAUUAUAUGAAGUAAUGAAAUUAUAUUUUUUUAUAUUAGCUGGACGACUUAUAGUGCUUAUGUAUACACAUGGAUCUCUCAUGAGUACAGCUGAUGCAAUUUAUUUUAUAUUUAUAUUUAAUUUGGACUUCUUGGAGUUGAGCAAAAACAACUUAUUAUAUUUUAAUCAUCAAUUGGAGAAAGGAUCUUUAAAAAAAUACUAAAUUACCGUACUUGAUAUAAUUUUCCUAACACUUUCAGUUACUAUUUGACAGUUUGUUGAUUCUCAUCUAAAACUAUUUUUUCCUCCAAGAAAAUCUCAAAUCUGAAAACUUUGCUGAGACAACUGGAGGCCCUGACCUUGCUGCCUGAUAACCCAUUGUGUGGACAGCUGCUGUGCCCUAGUGAGCAAAAUGUUUUCUACCAUGACACAGUGGAUCCAGGAAAAGAACGCUCUGUAGGAUUUCUCUUUUUUCCAAUGUUUUAGUUAUUUUAAUGUCCAACAGAUAAGGGGUAAUUCAUUGUUAAUUUACCCGAAUUAUUUGUAUUUAAAAAAAAAAAAUUUUUUCAUCAUAAUCAUUGGCGCUACAGGGCAUGAAGGGCCCUAUCCCGACCACCAUAUCCUUUUAUUCGGACCGAUCCAUGGCAUUCCACCUCUUUGUGCAGACCCCCAGCUGACGUAAGUCCUUCUCUACAUCAGUCCAUUUCAGUCUUAGUCGACCGGUGAGCCAUCUGCCCCUAGGUUUCUGCCUGUAGAUCACUUUUGCUGCUCUACAAUAGGUCAUCCUUUUGAUGUGUCCUGUCUAGCACAGCCUGCCUUUUUUAAUUGUUGGGCGGGUCUUCAAACAAAUGAUAUAUCUCCUGAUUUUACGAUUCUCCAUCCAUCAUUGUCAAUCACCGGGAUUGUUUACUGUCCUGAUGAUUUUACUGUUCCAUGUUUUGAGCAGGUUCUCUACUUUUCUGGCACAGGGACCAAGUCUCUCUUUCAUAAAUUACUACUGGUCUUCUGAUACGACUGUGGUGUAUAUGACUUUCUUUGUACUUUUUGAGAGGUUUUUGCUUCCUAGUAGCUCUUGUAGGCUCAAAUAAGAACAUUUGCCUGCUGUUACCCUUUCUUUCUCCAGUGUCAUUAUUUCUUUCAUUAGUAGCUCCUAGGUAUUUGAAAGUAGCCACCCUCUCAAAAGUGUGGUUGCUUAUUUUGAAGUUGUCAAAGGUAUGUGUGUUUUGUGACAUCACCAUGUAUUUUGUCUUUGCUUCAUUGACCUCAAGACCAGCUUUAACUUAGACAUUUUCAAAUUCCCUGAAAUGCUUUAAUUAUAUCAUUGCUGUUUCUGCCCAGUAGGACUAUAUCGUCCGCAUAUCCCAAUGGUACUUCAAUGGUUGGCUGUAUAAAUUUCCCGAUGGUUGUGGUUUGGUAGUUCUUCUCUAGAAGUAGUUUGUGAAAGUUCCGAAGUAGUUUGUGAUAGUUUCAAAGUAGUUUGUGAUAUUUCCGAAGUAGUUUGUGGAGUUCCGAAGUAGUUUGUGAUGAUUCCACUGGUGCUCACAUGUAUGUUUCUAAUAAUAUUUUCUAAUUUGAUGUGAUGAAUAGGAUACAUGACAGUGAGUCUCCUUGUCUGAGACCCUGAUUAAUCAGGAGUACUCUCCCUGUGCUUUGAUUCUACAUUUUGAGUUAGUCAUGUGUAUAAGCCGGGUAAGUUUGUUAGGGACUCCAAGUUCCUGUAGUGCAUCAUACAGAUAUUUUCCUGCCUACUAUAAGCUGUUUUGUAGUUUUCAUAUAGUUGGUGAAUGUUGAUGCUGUGAUGCUAUAUUCAUGGCAUUUCUCUAGGAGACAUCUGAUGGCAAAGAUAUGAUCCGUGGUUGAUCUAUUCUGUCAGAAUCCACAUUGUUAGUCCCCUAGGAUAUGUUCAUUAUACCUUUACAGUUUUCUUGCUAUUAGUUUAGUGAGGAUUUUCAGGAGUGCCACUUUUACGGAUUAUCCUAGAAUUCCGGAUUCGUGAGGCUAAAUAUUUUUCAGUUCCGGAUUCACGAGUUUUUAUUUUCUCUCGCUCCAGAUUCACCAGUUUAGUUUAUUCAAAUACAGAUUCCGUUUUUUUUUUUAAAAAUCAACAUGUAAGUGUAAGAACGCUCUAAAGCUUAUUCAGUGAGAGCGGGUUUGCUGUAAAUAGAACAGGUACUGCAACCUCUGGUUUAUGUUUGCAAGCCUCUUGCUUUCAUUUGUAAUCAUUGCAUAAGAAAUUAUUUCUAGAGUGUAUGAAUUCUAUGAGUUUCAUUACGUUUCAGGGUUUCAAAAAUUUUUAAGUGAAGUUUCAGUUUUCAAGAACGUUUUAGAAAGGGAUUUCAGGGUUCACAACUUCUAGUGAGUGGCACCCCUUUUAUUUUGUAAGGUACACUAAGUAGCGAGAUUCCUCUAUAAUAUGAGCAAUUCAGCUUACAUCCUGUCUUGGGAAUUGGGAUUAUGAGCACAGAACCACAUUAUAUUGGAUUUUAAUCCUCCGUCCAGAUUCUGGUUAUGAGGUCGUGUAUUUGCCUAUGCAGUUCGUUUCCACCUACUUUUAUCAAUUCUGCAGUAACAAGACCUAUUGCUGGGGCUUUACAUGGUAAAGUCACAUCUUUUGGUACAUUCAAUGUUGGUUGGCUGACCAGUGGGUCCAUUCCUCCUUGUGGUAGAUUGCAAUCCUCAUUUGCUCCUCCACAUGAGCCAAUUAGCAUCCCUUCAAAGUGUUGUGCCCAUUUCUCUAAUACCUUGUUGCUCUCUUAGAUCUUUUCUCCAUCCAUACUUUCACGUAUGAUCUUGCUUGAAAGCUGCUUUAUCUUUAGAUACGUUCCACUCGCAUCUCUAUGUAAUUCCAAACUCUUCUGCCUCAACUAUUUUUUUUUUACUUUUCCUAAUCACAAUUUUCUUUCUACAAAUUUUGGAAGCCACCCCUCUCGUUUCAUUUAAUAUUUGUCAUGUUCUUUUUGACUCCCUUUGCACAUCAUUAGAUGAGCCUUGCUUUUAUUUCUUCUAUGAGUUCUCUGCUUAAAUCCUAUUGUUACCUCUGGUAAACUUUUAACAAUUUCUUCAUUUUUUUUCUCUUUUCGAUAAUUCUAGUUGAGUUUGAAUCUUCUGUUGAAAUGCCUCUUGAAUUUUUGGUCCCUAUUUAAUUUCUGGCUGAUGUACUGUUUUGCUCUUUUGUUUUGUUUAUUGUGGAUGUUACAAAUUCAUUGUUUAUAUUUGAUUCUUACAAGUAUGUUGUCUGAGUCUAUGUCUGCCCCUCUACAGUUUGGUACAUCUAAUAUGUGGGAGCCAUGCCUCCGGUCAAUGAGCACAUGAUCAAUCUGAUGAUGGGUAAAUCCAUCUGGUGAUACCCACGUCGCUUUAUGUAUUUGUUUGUCCCAUUUCUGACUGUAAAUAUCAUUUAUAAUUAAAUGGGCAAAUUUCAACAAUGAAUUUUCACCAUUUAUCUGCAUAGGUACACGAUAAGAUUUAAAUUGAUACAGCGACAUGGCAUUAUUCAUUCUGUACGACAUCGUGCAAACAAUCAUCUCAUGACACUAUCAUUAACCGCUUGACAAAGUCAUGGAGAUGUCAUCAGGGUACUUGUCAGGAAGACUUUUCCUUUUUGGAAAGGGGCGCGGAUGCGGGGGUUGCGGUUAAAGUAUAGACAAGUAAUUCUCUUCAUAUAAUACUGGUUGAAAGACCUUACCAGCGUAUUAUUUAUUUUAUUUUUUUUUGAGUUGGAAAUUUGUGAAUUAAGUGUCUUCUGUUGAAAUUACUAUCUUUGAGAAGUUUGCCCCAAUUCUCUGGUUCUCAAUCGAGUGAUACUUAGUGGUCCUAAUGGCUCUGUUGAAGUAAUGACAGCCUGUUUACAUGAUGUAAAAAUGAAGUGGGUCCAGUUCUACCACAGCAAUUGGUAUUUGGCAGGGGUGGGCAAACUAUGGCCCGCGGGGCCCUGCAACUGAUAUUAUGCGGCCCAUAUAAUUAUAGCCACAGUGUUAUUAAAUUUUUGAAUCAAAAAAUUCUUUUCUAAUGGUUACAUUGUUAUAAUUCCAAUUAGUAAUCAUGGCCUUUUCCAACUUUUUUGUUGUCUUAUUCCAACCAGAAACUAAACACAGAACAAGCAAAAGCUGUUGCCAGUAUUAAAAGGGGAGUGCUCAUGUCCCCUAAAGCUAAAAAAGUAUUUUUUCUUCAAGGUCCGGCUGGCACUGGAAAAACACAAACCAUCAUGGCACUCAUACACCAGAUUUUGCUGGUAAAAACUUUUUAAUUGUUUUAUAAAACCCAAAUUUUUCAAUACUUCCAUUUAUUUGCAAUAAAUAAAGAAAUUUUACAUAUGCUUUACGUUUUGGUAGAACUGCUGAGAUAAUUAAUAUCCCUUGAAAUUAGCACUGCACAAUUUAUUAAAGAAAUGUACUCCUCUCUUAUUCCAAUGUGUGUUGUUUUCAGUCAUCAGGCUUCAAGGCACGUAUUUGUUUAGCCACACCGUCUAAUGCUGCAGUGGAUGAAGUAGCUAAAAGAAUCAUACAGUUUUCAGAAAGACUGAGAGUGGCCGGUGAGUUUCUAAAGGUGUUUUUGACAUGUAACUAAGUUGAUUUUCUGGAGACAUUCAGUCCAUUAAUUCAUAAAAUAAUUGGUUUGUUUUUCAUUCUCCUUUAUAAAAUAAGUUGAUUUUUUUUGUGUGUGCAUGUUUUAUUUAAUAACCCAUAAAUGGGAAGAAAUAUGCAUUAAUAUUUAUUUUGCAAUUUUUUAUAUUUUUUUUACAGUAGAUCAACAAAGUUUUUUUUUUUUUAAUUUUUUUAAUGAUGUUGAUGUGACAGCUGCAUUUUUCAACUAAUUAACUAAUUAUUUUGUUUUUGUGAUGACCUUUUAGAGAACAAAAGUAUUUCUUUAGUAAGGAUUGGUAACAGAGACUGCAUUAAGCCAGUUGUCAAACCUUUCUACUGGGAAACACUUGUAGAAGAGCAAUGCAAAGGUGGGUAGGAAAAUCCUUACUCAAAAUGAUCUUGAUACAAAAUCAAAUAAUCACUGUUAAAGUCAAUAUUCUCCCUAUGGAAUUGUGGUUUGAAAGCUGAUAUUUUGUACUGCAGUAAUACCUUAUAAAAUGUUUAAAUUGCAAUUGCUCUAGUUAACAUUUCUUUAAAAUCUUAAUGAGAAAAUUUUAUCCGUAUGCUAAAAAUGAAUGUGUCCAUAAAAGAAUCUUAGCUCAUAAAAUUGAUUCUCCAAGUAUUAUUCAUUGGUAUUGAAGCCUACAGAGUUUUGUAAAAUAAAAUAUGUUUUUUAAAAGCUAUGCUUCACUUUUUAUUUACGAUCAAUUUUUCUUUUGAAAGUACAUACAAAAGUGCCAGACAGUUUGCUGGCUGAACUGGAACAUUUUAGGCGGCUAGUAAGCAAUCUAAAAAGUAAAUUGGCUGAUCCAUCUGUCCCUAGAGUGCAGGUAAUGGUCACCUUCAUGAAAUUUUAAAUAUCUUAAGGAAUUUAAUCUACUGAUGACUGGCAACCCCCCCCCCCUUUUUUUUUUUCCUUUAACAAAAAAAAUGCACCCUUGCAACUCCUGCCACACCAUAGUAGGAUGGGUGUUCUUGUAACUACUAUCCCAAGUCCCUGCUCCACCACAAAUAGGGCUUUAAAAAAUUCCAAGUAGACCUUAAUAAUUGAAGGACUGCAAAUUCAAGCUGUGUAAAUGAAAUAGUAGAACAAGGUAUGUGUUGAAGUUUGAAUCAAUAGACAGGACAAUAAGAUAAGAACGUUUCAGCUUAGAGCCUUCUUCAGCAAACAGGACAAAUGAAAAUACAACAAACAAGAAAACAGAGCACAGUAAAAAAAACUUUAGAGAUAUCCUUUGUUGUUGCCGGAAGUAAGAUUACAGGAAGUGAAAGAAUAUAAAUAUAGGUCCUGUGAAAGGGUUGGAGGGAAAGAAAUAUGGUAACAGUAUUACUUAUAAAUAUUGCCUGGAGACCAUAACAAUGUUUUGAACAGUUCUGGGAUGUAGGGAAGAACCGUUGCUGUAACAAAACAACGUGCAAAAAUAUAUUUUAUUUAUAUAUUUAAUUUUUCUCCCCCUGAUCCAUUAGAAAGCAUCAAAAGAUGCUGACCUUCUGCAGUGUAAAGAUAAGAUAAAGAGUCUGGAGUCAGAGCUUCGCAAUAAAAAGGUUUGUGUUUGACUUGUGAACAACGCAUGGUUUUUAAUGUUCAUUUCUGAAAUAAAAUUGUUGUAAUAUUUAGAAAUAUCUUAUGACUUUUUUUUAAAAAGUCAGUCUUAACUUCGGCGGCACAUCAAAAAGCAUGUCAAGUAGCUCUCUGCGAUAAUUAGGUUAACUACGGUAUAAGAAUAAACAAAUAAGAUUGACGUUGUACUUAGUGAUCUUUUAGUUGACAUGGGUGAUAACGUUUAAUCUGAAUAUUACCUUCAGCCUUUCCAAGUGCCUUGCAAAGCCACCUUAAAUAGUUUUGAUGAUGCUGCAAGUCAUAUUUUUUAAAUUUUGCACAUCAGACUUGCAAAAAAUAUUAAUCCGUAACAUCUCACACAGGUUGCUUCAAACUUUUUAAAUAACCGCACUUGGCCACCUCUUUUGGACAUCAGAUAAAACAAAUUAUUAUGAGACACUGACUGAAUUGGAAAGAGUCUUCCAUUGCUUUAAAAAAAAAAUAAUUUAAAAUUACUGGAACAAUUGAGAAUUUAAAAAUGCAUAUUGUUUUGACUUCAGCCAACUGCCAGAGAGAGGUACAAAGCUAAAUGCAGUGUAAUGGACAACGCUCAUGUCAUCUGCGGAACGCUCAGCAGCUUUGGUAUGGAAACUGUGAAGGGGAUUUUGUUGCGUGGAGAGAACCACAGACACAAGGAUCAGCCGUUCACCUGUUUGAUUAUUGAUGAGGUAUUCAACUUACCUAUUUGAUUAUUCCUGAUGUAUCCAACUUAUUUGCUUGAUUAUUGGUGAGAUAUUCAACUCGAUUGAUUAUUGAUGAAAUUUUAAACUCCCUUGCUUGAAGUUGAUUAUCAAUGAGGCAUUCAUGACUGCACUCAUUUAAAAAGCUCUGGCCACUCUACAUUAUGUUCACAUUACUGUUGUUUGCCCGAUUAGUGGACCAAGACUGAACUUUAUAGGGUAAAUUUUUUAAAGAAAUAAUCAUACUGAUUAUACAAUGUGUUAGACUCAGAUUCCAAUCCAAGAUAUUACAAUGUUUUAGACUCAGUAUAUUAAGUGUUCUUGUUAGUUUUUGCUAUCAAACCAUGUAAAAUUAAAUGUUGCAUUUUAUUUUAAAAAAUCACAAUGCUUGAAUAGAUUAUGCUAAAAAUACCAAGUAUAUUUACAUCUGUUAGAUUUUGCUAUUAAUUUUUGCUAUGUUAGGCAAGGUUGUUAAACAACUUGUUCUUGCCUCCCAGGCCACGCAAGCCAUUGAGGUUGAUUGUCUCAUACCUUUACAAUACAAGAUGACCAAGGUGGUUUUAGUAGGAGACCAGAAACAGCUACCUGCCACUGUUUUAUCUCAGGUAACUUAAAAUGGAAACUGUUGCUUUGAAAAAAAUUUUAAACUUUUCAAGCUUAAAAUUAGUUCUGGUGAAUAAUAAUAAUAAUAUCUUUAGAAGUUAGAACUGAUAAAACUACACUAUUGUAAUUACAGUUUUAAAGAAAAUAAAUUGUUCACAGAAGGGAUAAAAAUAAUCUCAGUAACCCAAUUUUUUAAAAUUGUCUAUUUUCAGAAAGCUAACGAACUGGAGCUUGGUAGAUCCCUGUUUGAGAGACUGAAUCUUCGUUUUGAAGAGAUGCAGAAAGGUUCAUCAUUUCAGUCUCCCAUCAUGAUGUUAGUUAGACAGUACCGCAUGAAUCCAGAGGUGCUUGCACUACCAAACAAUCUUUUCUAUGAUGGCAAGUUAAAGACAGAUGAGUAAGUUGGCCGUCAAGAGCCAGCGGGAGGAAGCUUUUGUCAAAAUAAGUUUGUUUUUUUUUAAAAAGACUUGUGUUAGGUGGGGUGUAGUUUUAAAACACGUCCUCUUAACAGCUACAACAGGGCAUCAAGAUUUUAAUGUUAAUUUCAGUAAAAUUUAAAAAAUGUAUGUGCGGAGACAAGCCACAUUAUUGUACAUACAUACACAUACAUUAAAUAUAAAUGUACAUUAAUGUACAUACAUGCAUUUAUAUUACAUAUGAACCACACUAUUGUCUAUACAUUAUAUUUUAAAUAUGAACGUACAUGUGGGCAACCAUACAUACUUGACAUUAAAGUUAGUUUUAAACCCACAGUGCAAUGUGUUUAUGUUUAUAAGUCAUUGGCGUAAGAAGUGUUUGCUCCUACAUUACAAAAAUAAUGCUAUCUGCCUUAUAAAAUGUUUACCCCGCUGAACAAAACUCCCCCCCAAAAAAUUUAAGGCUCUCCCAAUUUAUGCUGCAAAGCAUUUUCUUUCACUCUAUUAAACAAUCAAAACAUGCUUAAAAUUGUUUCUACACAAAUUUUAGCACGCAACCCUACAAAACACAUCUAAAAAUAGAUAAUUGUCUUUAUUCACAAUUUUAUAUAUAUAUAUAUAUAUUUUAUUUGUUAUUUUUUUUUAGUUCAGUGCUGAGUCGGAAAUCUUUCCUGGCUCCAUAUCUUGUCUUUGAUAUUCAAGGAGGCAAAGAAUCUUCCAAUGAAAGGUUUGAAUAUUAACUAUUUCAUCAGGAACUCAUUUUUUUUUGUUUUGUUAUUAAAACUGUUGGUUUUUAUAAACACAAUUUAUAUAAUUUUUGUUAUAUGUCCUAUUUUACCUCAUGAUUUAUUCAGACCCUCUGAAACCUUAUUAUCUUUUUUACAUAUUAUCAACAUAACAAUUGAAUAUCAACAUAACAAUUGGGUCAAACAUAAUACAUGAUGUACAAUCAGAACACGUGCUUUUCAUUUCUUAAGACUUACCAAGAAAAUUAAAAAAAGUUUGAGAUUUUUGUUUUCAUAUUGUUUUGUUAAAUGGUUAAUUAAUUUACCCCGAUAUACAUCAUUGAUCAGGUCCCUGUCCAAUGUACCUGAGGCUGAGUGCACCGCCAGUCUUUGUUCAGUUGUCAUGGAAGUUUUAAAGGAGAGUCCCAGCACUGUCCACAAAAGGGUUGGCGUUAUCUGCCCUUACGCUGAUCAAAAGCAAACCAUUUUGAACCACUUGAGAAAAAGGUAACCAUGAUAAUAUAGAAAUGUUGUGUUAGUUACAGUGUAGAAUUUUUUGGGUAACGUUUUUUUACCAUAGUAACAAAGUGGUUUUGAACAAAAAUCAUAACUUUUGAACCACUUGAGCUAGAAAGUUGAUCUUGGUGUUUUUGUAAUCCAUUCUCUAGUCAAAUGGAGGAUGUACUGUGGCUUGGCAUGGAAAAAACAUGAGAAAAAAAAAUAAAAACUCAUUCUGAGAGAAGUUAGAACCAUUAAAUGCUUGCUUGUCAAGUUCCAAGAUUGCUAUCAAUAUCUUUAAUACUAAAACCUAUGCUGAUGUGAGUAACAUGAUAUUUGAUAUCUGUAAAUUUUAAAUUUAAUUUAGAAAUCUUGAAAGGAUUGAAGUGAACACAGUUGAUGGCUUCCAAGGCCAGGAAAGGGACGUAAUCAUCAUGUCUUGUGUCAGGGCACAGAACAACCCAACAACAAUUGGGUAAAUUAUUAGACUUAUCUCAUUGUCAAAAAUGUUGUCAGACUUGUAUGGUGUCAAAAUGUUGACAGACUUGUCACAUUGUCAAAAUGUUGACCCUUUAAUCCAUCAGUGAUCAGACUUAUCACAUUGUGAAAAAAUUGCAUGACUUAAUCCCAUGUCAAAAUCUUGACUGUGUUUAGCUAAAAAUUUCUGAACGUAACAGCAGGAGUUAAAUACUUAACCCUAUAACUGUCAUAACGACAGAUCAUCGGCCGUUAUUCCUCUUUCUGGGGUGUCUCGGCCGAUAUAAUCAGCCCCUAGCAAUAUUGUCUUUAAAAAGCCUGUGAUUUAAUGUAUAUUGUUUAAGGGGAAAUCACUCUAUAUUAGGGAGUUUGCUUCCUGUUUCCGUUUCGAUCUGUGUGUCAACAUGCUUUUAUCAGGGAUUUUUUUGUGAUCAAUGGGGUUUGAAAUUUUCUUUUAAAAAAUUUAACCGCCAUAAUGUCUGAGCCGAAGAGGGUCCCCCUUUGGAUUGCAAAAAUAGCACAGAAUUUCUUUAUUGGAAUCAUUUCAAAUAUAUUAAAAUGAGAGCAAAGAUUUCAGAGAUAUUCCAUGUGCUACUAAUGACAGAAUCAGCUUUAGCGGUGAUGGCGGCCUGAGAGUCAGAUAUUGACAACUCUAUUCCCAAGCUAAGUCGUACUGUUAUAGAAGAAUGGUUUGGGAAAGGGUGGGGAAAACUAACAGAAAAAGACAAAGAUUGGAUCCCAAAGACCUACCUGAAGGACAUUUAUGUCUUUGUAUGUUCUGGAGUAUUAAUUAAUUAAUUUAAAAAAUGGAUUUAAAAACUGCAAUUGAAAAGGAAUUUUUGCACUCAUUUUGCGCCUACCCCCCCCCCCCCCUCCCCUUUUUUUUUUUUUUUUUUUUUUUUUUUUUUUCUUUUUUUUUUUUUUGUAUUUUGCAUGAUAGAAAUUUGAAGGUAGGGAAUGAAAAAAAAUUCACCAAUGUCACAAUUUUCAAAACAAGAAACUAUAACUUGACAUUUUCUGAAAGAAUAUUGCUUCUAGUAUCUCGAUAACUUGAUUACAUGAUAGUUUGAAAAAUUUAUGGAGUAUUUGUGUGGGUGGAGGUCAGAAGUUGAGUGCUAAAAUUUUACUCACUCUGUAAAGGUCAAGAUCAGUAUCAACAUAUGUAAUAUGAAAACAAAUUCUUUUCAUUCCAUAAAAUACCUUGUCCUAUGUACUUUAAGAAAAUGUAUACUUGUAAAGGCCUCUGAAUUCAUUUGGUCUGGGAUUUUGUCAUUUUUUGACAAGCACAGGAAAAUGUUAAAAAUGGCUCGGAACUACAGAAAAUGUACUGGACAAUUAUAGGGUUAACGGUUAAGUACGGAAGAAAAUUACUGAAAAAAAAUUAAUUGCUAAACACUAGUUGAAGUUUUGAUUUUCCCUUCUGGUUCUAAAGAAAACAGGUCAUGUCCUUGAUCAUUUUAAAAAUCAUUCCCAAGACCAUUGAAUGAAAUAUUAAACUUUUAAAAAAAAAUUAAUUUUGUAAUAUAUAUUAAUUGCAUUUUCUCCCAGUUUUCAUUAAUUUUCAAUGACACCAGUUAGGUACUUAUUUGUAUAAAAUUAAUAAAUAACAUUCCUAAACCGAUUAAAUACAAAUAUUAAACACAAACUUCAGCUGCAUAUAGGAAAUAGAUUUUUUAAUGAUUUCUUAAAUGCUCAGUGCUAAUUUAUUGGAUAACAUAGUAACUUUGAUGAAUAUUCUGCUGAUUUCAGUUUCCUUGCCGACAAAAGAAGAAUGAAUGUUUCUCUGACCAGGGCAAAACUUGCUAUGUAUGUCAUGGGCCAUUUUGAAACUCUGGUGAGUGGGGGUUUGUCUUUGAGUGUGAAUUUCUAACAGUUUGGUUUUGCAACACACUUCAGGGUUUCUUUAUGGCAGAUCCUUUAUUCACCUAUUCCUGAACGUAUGCAGUGAAAAUUCUGAGGCGACUUCUGAUUACCAAUGUGCACCAAUCGGCUUGCAUCCUCAUAACUUUAACUACAUCUUUGUCUAAAUUUAACCUUAAAUAUCUAUCGGCUUGUUCAUUAAAUUGGUGGGUUUUCAAAAUCAUGAUGUGGAGGUCAGAGAGUUUGAGUCCCCUUUCUGGUACAUUAAAAACAAAACUCAAUUUAGUAUUUGCUGUCACGUCAUUUUGUAGUGUCAAAAAGUGUCAGGUGGCUUGUGGGUAGGUCAGCUGCAGGAAAUAUAAAAAGUGAUAGGGGUUUGUGGGCAGGUCAGUUGCAGUAAGUAAAUAAAGUGUUGGGGGCUUGUGGGCAGGUCAGUUGCAGGAAAUAUAAAAAGUGAUAGGGGCAUGUGGGUAGGUCAGUUGCAGUAAGUAAAUAAAGUGUUGAAGGCUUGUGGGCAGGUCAGUUGCAGGAAAUAUUAAAGGUGGAAAGUCAAUACAACCAAUAUGAUUUGUAUAAGGUCUUGUUUUAAUUUAUCUUUCAGAAAACCAAUGGGCUGUGGUCAGAGUUGUACCAGGAUGCAUGCAACAGGAAGUUGUUGGUUGACAUCAAAGAUGCCAGCAGAUUCUCCAGUGUAGCUGGACAGAGGCUUGAUCUUAACAAACACUCAGUGCUCUUAGAUAGAUGAGGCACCUGGUGGUCCAACGGACUCCUUUAACAAACACUAAGUGUAGUUAGACAGAUGAGGCAUCUGGUGGUGCUACGGACUCCUGUUAUUUGUCAAGUUGCAAAAAUUGAAUGCUGAAAACGUGCCCGUAAUGGGCUUAUUGAAAAAAAUUUCCACUCUCUAAAAAAUUUGGCUUUAUUAAAAGAAAUAUUAUUGUUAUUUUUUUUAAUGUGUCCUUAAUGAAAUCCAUUUUAAUAAAAAGGUUAAUGCAUUUUCCCA